AUGCCUAGUCCUCCUUUUACAGUCAAAGCUAUCUUCGAGUAUUCUUCGAGCCAUGAUGAUGAUCUUACCUUUGCGAUCGGCCAGGUCGUGACCGUCACCGCCGAGGAAGAUGAGGAAUGGUACUACGGAGAAUAUACGGAUAAUUCAGGAGUCAAGCAUGAAGGCAUCUUUCCCAAGAACUUUGUCGAGAGAUAUGAACCUCCUGCUCCCCCCAGGCCCUCAAGACCUAGCAGGCUGAAGAAGGAGCCCGAGCCUGUCUCUCCGCCAGAACCUGCUAUCGAAACUCCCGCUCCGGUCGAAAGCAUGCUUCCGCCAGAGCCGGAAGUGCCAGAGACAAAACAGACGGAGUAUAUACCCCAGCAGCCGCAGUCGCCCCGAUUACCCGCUUCCAUAAAUACCCCUUCUUCACCCGCAAAGCAAGCGCCGGUCUCAUCUCCCUCAGAUGCCUCGGCUGCGCCUGCUCCGAAGCCUGUCUCCAAGCCCCCACCCCCCGCGGUUGCAGAAAAGCCAACAGGAUCGUCAUUCAAGGAUCGCAUUGCUGCAUUCAACAGACCAGCAGAGCCUCCUAUUGCGCCCUUCAAACCCACUCACACCUCCUUUGUUAAGAAGCCAUUUGUUGCACCUCCCCCAGCAAGAACUCUUUUGUGCCCCCUCCUCGCCAGCCCCCCACGAAAAUUUACAGAAGGGAGGAUGAUCCAGAAGUUGCGGAACGACUUGCGCGAGAGACUCCUGUUUCUGAAAGUCGCCCCAAUCCGAACGAAGCCGCGGCGCAGGACACUGAAGAACAACCGAAACCCACUAGUCUAA